GAACUACCAGCUGAAGAAGGAAAAACUUUACUUGAGCUUGUGAUCGAACAGUUUGAAGAUUUAUUAGUUAGAAUUUUGUUGCUGGCAGCAUGUAUAUCUUUUGUUUUGGCUUGGUUCGAAGAAGGAGAAGAAACAGUCACAGCCUUUGUAGAACCUUUUGUAAUCUUGCUCAUAUUAGUUGCUAAUGCAAUUGUGGGUGUGUGGCAGGAGCGAAAUGCCGAAAAUGCCAUUGAAGCUCUUAAAGAAUACGAACCUGAAAUGGGAAAAGUUUACCGACAAGAUAGAAAAACCGUACAGAGGAUAAAAGCAAGAGACAUCGUCCCUGGUGACAUCGUGGAAGUAGCUGUUGGUGACAAAGUUCCUGCUGACAUAAGAAUUACUUCCAUAAAAUCCACAACUCUACGAGUAGACCAGUCGAUUCUCACGGGUGAAUCUGUCUCGGUGAUUAAACACACGGACCCUGUGCCUGAUCCUCGGGCAGUAAACCAAGACAAGAAGAAUAUGCUCUUUUCUGGUACAAACAUCUCUGCGGGCAAAGCCAUGGGGGUCGUGGUGGCCACAGGGGUAAACACUGAAAUUGGCAAGAUCCGUGAUGAAAUGGUAGCCACUGAGCAAGAGAGGACCCCGCUGCAGCAGAAGCUGGAUGAGUUUGGGGAGCAGCUGUCGAAGGUCAUCUCGCUGAUCUGUAUCGCUGUGUGGAUCAUCAACAUAGGCCACUUCAACGACCCCGUCCACGGCGGCUCCUGGAUUCGGGGCGCCAUCUACUACUUCAAAAUAGCUGUGGCGCUUGCAGUGGCUGCCAUUCCAGAGGGCCUGCCUGCUGUCAUUACGACCUGCCUGGCUCUGGGCACCCGCCGCAUGGCCAAGAAAAACGCCAUUGUCCGGAGUCUUCCCUCCGUGGAAACCCUGGGCUGCACUUCGGUGAUCUGUUCCGACAAGACGGGUACUCUGACGACCAACCAGAUGUCAGUUUGCAGGAUGUUUAUUGUGGACCGAGUGGAAGGGGAUAGCUGCUCUCUGAAUGAAUUCACUGUGUCUGGUUCAACGUAUGCUCCCGUCGGAGAAGUUUACAAAGAUGAUAAACCCGUCAAAUGCUGUAUGUAUGACGGCCUUAUUGAAUUGGCUACAAUCUGCGCCCUAUGCAACGAUUCUUCUCUGGAUUUCAAUGAAACAAAAGGAGUUUAUGAGAAAGUUGGGGAAGCUACAGAGACUGCCCUCACUUGCCUGGUUGAGAAGAUGAAUGUAUUUGACACAGAUCUGAAAGGAUUGUCCAAAAUUGAACGGGCAAAUGCUUGCAACUCGGUGAUAAAGCAACUCAUGAGGAAAGAGUUCACGCUAGAAUUCUCCAGGGAUAGGAAAUCUAUGUCAGUGUAUUGCACUCCAAACAAGCCUAGCCGGACUGCAUUGACCAAGAUGUUUGUGAAGGGCGCUCCAGAGGGGGUGAUCGACAGGUGUACCCAUUUCCGAGCAGGAAACAUAAAAAUGCCCUUAACCCCAGGGAUUAAGCAGAAAAUCAUGAGUGUCAUCCGCGAGUGGGGCACUGGGAAAGAUACGCUGCGUUGUCUGGCCCUGGCCACCCAUGAUAACCCACCAAGAAGGGACGAUAUGGACCUGGAAGAUUCUGCAAGCUUCAUCACCUAUGAGACCAAUUUGACCUUUGUGGGCUGCGUGGGAAUGCUGGAUCCUCCCCGAAUCGAGGUGGCAUCAUCCAUAAAGUUGUGCCGACAAGCGGGCAUUCGUGUGAUUAUGAUAACUGGUGACAAUAAGGGGACUGCUGUGGCCAUCUGUCGGCGCAUUGGCAUUUUUGGCGAAGAUGAAGAUGUCACCACAAAAGCUUUUACUGGUCGGGAGUUUGAUGAACUUUCACCAGCCGCCCAGAGAGAUGCCUGCUUGAACGCCCGCUGUUUUGCCCGCGUGGAGCCGUCCCACAAGUCUAAAAUCGUGGAGUUUCUCCAGUCCUUUGAUGACAUCACGGCAAUGACAGGAGAUGGUGUAAACGAUGCCCCAGCUUUGAAAAAGGCAGAGAUUGGAAUUGCUAUGGGAUCAGGCACGGCUGUGGCAAAGACAGCUUCGGAAAUGGUCCUUGCGGACGACAAUUUCUCAACCAUCGUGGCUGCCGUGGAAGAGGGCCGGGCCAUCUACAAUAACAUGAAGCAGUUCAUUCGCUACCUCAUCUCCUCCAAUGUCGGAGAGGUGGUCUGCAUCUUCCUGACCGCUGCUCUGGGUUUCCCGGAAGCUUUAAUCCCCGUCCAGCUGUUGUGGGUAAACCUCGUGACUGACGGACUUCCUGCCACCGCUCUGGGCUUCAACCCCCCUGAUCUGGAUAUCAUGGACAAGCCGCCUCGUAACCCCAAAGAGCCCCUGAUCUCCGGGUGGCUUUUUUUCCGUUACUUGGCGAUUGGAUGCUACGUGGGAGCUGCAACCGUGGGAGCCGCGGCUUGGUGGUUCAUUGCUGCUGACGGGGGCCCGAGAGUUACCUACUACCAGCUGAGUCAUUUCCUGCAGUGCAGCGAUGAAAAUCCGGAGUUUGAAGGAGUUGACUGUGUGGUGUUUGAGUCUCCCUAUCCCAUGACGAUGGCACUCUCUGUCUUGGUCACCAUAGAGAUGUGCAAUGCCCUCAACAGCCUCUCGGAGAACCAGUCCUUGCUACGGAUGCCCCCGUGGGAGAAUGUCUGGCUCCUGGGAUCCAUUUGCUUGUCCAUGUCGCUUCACUUCCUCAUCCUCUAUGUAGAACCACUGCCAUUGAUCUUCCAGAUCACCCCUCUGAAUGUGACCCAGUGGCUGAUGGUGCUGAAAAUCUCCCUGCCCGUAAUCCUGCUGGAUGAGACUCUUAAGUUUGUGGCGCGUACUUACCUAGAACCUGGUAAAGAUGGUGGGCCGCCUGCCACCAAACCACGUCCUUUAUCUGCAUGUACUGAAGGGAUCUCCUGGCCGUUCGUGCUCAUGUCCUUGCCGUUGGUCAUUUGGCUUUAUAGCACAGACACUAACUUUAGUGACAUGUUUUUUUCUUGACCUGAAGGGAUAGUAGCUUGGCAGUCAGAGAGAUGUUUAACUUAAAUCAAUUUUUUUAAUUGUUCCAAGCAAUUGUCUUAUUCUGCUGAAUUUUCACAUGAACAUAUUUGCCGGUGACUGAGGUUCCAUAUUCUAGACCCUGGGUUUUCCUCUUUUCUUUUUCUUUCCCCUGACUCCUGUGGGGGAGUCCUCUUCCCCCCCUCUUUUAUACACAAACGAGGGUGUCCAUUGACAUGUACAGAGAAAUUAAACACUAUUUUAUGCAAAUAUUUUUUGUAGAGGAGAAGCAUGUACAGUGUUCUGUUUAAUAGUUAACUCAUCCUUGUAAAAACAGCAAACGUGCCGGGGGGGGGCAGGGACGCUAUUUUGAGAAAACAGUGAUCGGUAGCAGAUUUUAGGGAAUGAAUGUUGUGGUUUUUCCCCCCUUAAACCAGAAGCAUGCAGCUGUUCAUGUCUGCCGCAUGAUGGGUCAUCUAAUCCUAAUUCGUCAUUCAGUUGGGUGUUUUCUGCACUGGGCGGAUUAUACUGCUACCUCAAUAUUUUCCCCCUUCCUUUUUUUUUUUUGGUUUCGUUUCGUUUUUGCAUUUUCCAUACUGUUAACUUUAGAUUCCAGAGGCAUCUUGUUUACGCUCUGUCCUUAAGAGGUAUGCCUGGUCUUGCUGGUGCAGAAAAUACCAUUUGAGAGCCAACCUGCUACAAUUAGAUUUUUUUUUUCCCCCAUCCCCAACACAUGUAGAGGGUUGGUUUUUUUUUUUAAAAAAAAAAAACAAAAACAUAAAGCAGAAACAAAUUAUUUAUUUAAAUAUCGUAUGUAUUUUUACUGUAACAACAUUGUUUCACCAGCAUUGCCCACUUUGGGAGGGUGGGGGAGGAGCAGGAGGAGGGAGAAGGCUAUCUGGAUGGACU